AUGGGCGGCACGGACGAGCGGUGCUGCAACACCAAGGGUCGGGGCCAGGCCACUCCAGUGCCAGGCAGCGGUCAGCAGCUCGGCCUGGUGAAGGCCUUCAACACCAAAGGUUUGGGCUGGAUCCAAUGCAUGGACGGCUCUUUAGCCUGGCUGGACCUCGCAGACUGCGUAGGCACGCGCCCUGUCACAGGCGACGCGGUGCAGUUCGACCUGCAGCCUAGCGAGGUCAAGGUGGGCAAGAUGCAGGCGGUGAACGUCACUGGGGGCACUGCGCCCAUGGACCUCAAGGACGCCGUCUUGGGCAAAGACAUGGCCAAGGCCAAAGCUGCCUCGCCCACGCUGCAGCUGAAGAGGAACGCCAACGGCCAUCUGCUGGGCUGCGCCGCCCGGAUCGAAUCAUGUCGAUUUGAUGCGGCCCGCAUCUGCGCUUUGAUGGCGCACGCGCAGCUGGCGCAGCGGGCGCUGCGCCCCUGGCUGGUGCAUGCGGCACGCCGGCCGCUGCCGAAGGGGGCUCCAGAGACCGGCCCUUUGCCCGUGCAGACGGCCAUGUCCCGAAUCGGCGACGGCGACGGCCUGUUGGAAGUGCCGCUCUCGGCGCAGUUUGUGCUGGCGCGGUCCGGGCGGCGCGUGGACGAUGCGGAGGCGGCCGAGCUGUGGCGGGGCUUGCGGGAGAAGGGCAUCCUGUCGCUGUCGGGGCGGGAGCUCUGCGAUUUCUUGCACGUCCUGGGUACGGCGCGGCAAUUUGAGGGUCACCCAGACGUGGCCAAGGAGCUUGCGCAGUCGCCGUGGGAUCGCCACGGGGAACUGAAGCUUUGGCCGCAGACGCUGCCCUUGGUCUGCGAGUACUUGGUUCGACACCUCCGGGACCGAGCCUUGCUGGGCCGCUUCCUCUCCGCGGGGCUGGUGCCAUUCUGGGAGCUUCACCCUGGACUAGUGCAUGGCACCUUGGUGCCCCACCACGCCAUGGCGGUUUCCCAGGCCUGUGCUCAGGUGUCGCUGGCCCCCGAGGCCACGGAGGUGGUCCGAUCGGCGCUGAGCCGCUGGACGGAGGCCAACUGCCCGCGCCUGGGCCCCCGCGGGGUGGCGAACAUGGCGCUGGCGCUGUCCCGUCUCCGCGGCCUGGGCGGCGAAGAGGCCAACGCCCGGCUGUUGCACCAGCUGCUGAUCCGUGCUGGGCAACUGCUGGAUGAGGCCCAAGGAUCUGCGCAGCCCAAGGAACCCUUCCGGGUGCUGAGCUUGCAGUUCUUCCGCGCGGACUGGCUGGGCAUCUUUCUCUCCGCCUUGGCCAAGGCCCGGUGCCGCAAGGAGCCCGAGACCUUGCGGCGGCUCCUCGAGGUGCAUUUCCCGCCCUUCCGCGGCAAAAGUCUGCUGGCCUCUGAGCCUCAGAACUUGGCCCUCAGCGUGCAUACCGUGCUGAAGUUGGACUUGUUGCGCCUGGACUUGGCGGGCUCACCGCCCUUGGUGGUCUUGGCCCCGGACGUGAAGCACGCCUUGCGUGGCCUCAAGGGCGCCUCCGGUGCGCGCUCCGCCUGCUUGCUGGCGCAUGCCUACGGCAGUGCCCUGCUGCUCGCCGAGGAGGCUCAGGAGCUGCGGGUCUAUGACGAGGUGCUGCAGAAUUUGUUCGAGCUGAUGCUUAGCAUGAAGCUCUCCAACAUCCGCCUCCGCUUCCAGCUGCUGUCGGCUGUGCAGUGCUGGUUCCUGGUGCGGGGUCCCACCGCCACCGUGGCGCCGCUACGCCGGGCCCAGGCGCUGCUGCGGGCCGUGGCGCCCCAAAUGCCGGGGCCGGAAGAGUCCAUAGGCGACCAGGACCUGAUCAGCACAAAGGGCCACUACGAGGUGGCAGAGGCACUGCCAGAAGCUGUGCAAGCCCGGGCGGUGAUGGAACACUUCGCCUUUCCCUUCUGGCUGGACAUCGUGCUGAGCCCUUCCCGACAACCUUUGCCGGGAAAAGCGCGGCCAGCCCAACGGCCACGGGAAAAAGAGCCGGCUGACGAGUGACGUCGGGACCGAAAUAUGUUUGCUCCUUUUCCCGAGGGUCCAAGUACCUUCUAAGGAGGCACUUGGACCCCUUUUUCCCCCCCCAGAAGCCAUCCUCAGGAGGUACUGGGUUUGGUUGUUCUUUGAUUGAUGUGCGGC